AUGUGCUUGGUUCCAGCCAUCCUCCGUUACCUGAAGAACGAUGGGAAGAUUCAUUUGGUGGUUUUCAACAACUUGCAGCUGGCUGAUGGCAGGCGGCACAGGGUCCUCCUGAGACUGACCAACUUGCAGCGAGGGGCUGGCUCUGUAGAGCUCUACCUGGACUGCACCCAAGUGGAUUCUGUGCACAAUCUCCCCAGAGCCUUUUCCAGCCCCUCCCAGAGUCCUGAGUCUGUUGAACUGAGGACUUUCCAGAGGAAGGCACAGGACUUCUUGGAGGAGCUGAAGCUGGUGGUGAGAGCCUCGCUGUUCCAGGUGGCCAGCCUGCAAGACUGCUUCCUGCAGCAGAGUGAGCCCCUGGCCGCCCCGAGCACAGGAGACUUUAAUCGGCAGUUCUUGGGGCAAAUGACGCAACUAAACCAGCUGCUGGGAGAGGUGAAGGAUCUUCUGAGACAGCAGGUCAAGGAAACCUCAUUUUUGCGAAACACCAUAGCUGAGUGCCAGGCUUGCGGUCCACUCAGCUUUCAGUCCCCAACCCCAAACACACUGGUGCCCCCAGCACCCCCAGCCCCCCCGACACCCCCAGUGCGCCGUUGUGAUUCCAACUCAUGUUUCCGUGGCGUCCGGUGUACGGACACCAGAGAUGGCUUCCAAUGUGGGCCCUGCCCCGACGGCUACACAGGAAAUGGGAUCACCUGUUCCGAUAUUGAUGAGUGCAAAUACCAUCCCUGCUACCCAGGCGUGCGCUGUGUGAACUUGGCUCCUGGCUUCCGAUGUGAGGCCUGCCCAGUGGGCUUCACCGGGCCCGUGGUACAGGGUGUCGGCAUCAGUUUUGCCAAGUCAAACAAGCAGAUCUGCACUGACAUUGAUGAGUGUCGAAAUGGAGCCUGUGUUCUCAAUUCUAUCUGUAUUAACACUUUGGGCUCUUACCGCUGUGGGCCCUGCAAACCCGGGUACACGGGUGAUCAGACAAGGGGAUGUAAAACCGAAAGAAGCUGCAGAAAUCCUGAGCUGAAUCCCUGCAGUGUGAACGCGCAGUGCAUCGAGGAGAGGCAGGGGGAUGUGACAUGUGUGUGCAGCGUCGGGUGGGCUGGUGAUGGCUACAUCUGCGGGAAGGACGUGGACAUUGACAGUUACCCUGACGAAGAACUGCCGUGCUCCGUCAGGAACUGCAAGAAGGAUAACUGCAAGUAUGUGCCCAACUCUGGCCAGGAAGAUGCAGACAGAGAUGGCAUUGGGGAUGCUUGUGACGAGGAUGCUGAUGGAGACGGGAUCCUCAAUGAGCAGGAUAACUGUGUCCUGACUCACAACGUGGACCAAAGGAACAGUGACAAAGAUAUCUUUGGGGACGCCUGUGAUAACUGCCGGAAUGUCCUGAAUAAUGACCAGAAAGACACUGAUAGGGAUGGAAAAGGAGAUGCCUGUGAUGACGACAUGGAUGGAGAUGGAGUAAAGAACAUUCUGGACAACUGCCCAAAAGUUCCCAAUCGUAACCAACAGGACAGGGAUGGGGAUGGUGUGGGGGAUGCCUGUGACAGUUGUCCUGAUGUCAGCAACCCUAAUCAGUCUGAUGUGGAUAACGAUCUGGUUGGGGACUCCUGUGACACCAAUCAGGACAGUGAUGGAGACGGGCACCAGGACAGCACCGACAACUGCCCCACUGUCAUUAACAGCGCCCAGCUGGACACUGACAAGGAUGGGCUUGGUGACGAGUGUGAUGAUGAUGAUGACAAUGAUGGCAUCCCGGACCUGGUGCCCCCUGGACCGGACAACUGUCGGCUGGUCCCCAACCCAGCCCAGGAGGAUAGCAACAGCGACGGCGUGGGAGACAUCUGCGAGACAGACUUCGACCAGGACCAGGUCAUCGAUCGGAUCGACGUUUGCCCGGAGAAUGCAGAGGUCACCCUGACCGACUUCAGAGCCUACCAGACCGUGGUCCUGGACCCUGAAGGGGACGCCCAGAUCGAUCCCAACUGGGUGGUCCUGAACCAGGUAGGCGCCAUGUGGUUGGCAGCAGCUCAGCUCUGCCUCUCGGCACAGGCCCUUCUGGGAGAAGCAG